CUCGCUAAUAGAUAGAGAUAUUGAGGGGAGUGAAAAAGAAUGUAAUGAUGAAGAAGUUUGAGGAAAGCACUUCGAGAGGUCUCGCUUACCAAAAAGGGGCCGAAGAGGCUCAACCGAAUGUUUCAGAUACGCGUCAAAACAGCAAGUCUUUCCAAGUAACACCUUCCACCAAAACAUACAGAAACUUCAUCUGAAAAGCAGUCAUUAUCCAACAAGCUUUCUACGGUCCAUGAUCUUCCGCAACCAUGUCUCUCUUCCCAGACUUCAGUAACGAAGAAAUAUUCCCCACGUUCGCCCAAUGCCCUUUGAAGGAAACGCUUUCGGAGUCCACAUCAACCACGACACAAUUCCUCAUGGGAACCAUAGGAGAGAACAUGACGCUUGCCAUGAACCCAACAUUCAUCUGUAAAGACCGGUCGACAGCCCCAUACGCACUUACGUUGAAGUUACCGAGUCACAUGCACAGAGAAGGCGUGAGAGGCGGCGCUCUGGAUUUCAAGCAGUAUAAGAAAGGGUGGACGGUGGUUGUGAGGGCGCCGUGUAGGAGUGGGGUGAAGGACGGGAAGCAGGGGCUCGUGGAGUGUGAGCUGGAGGAGAGUUUGGUUAUUCCGGCCAGUCUGGAGAAGUUGGCGGGGAUGCAUAAUAGAGAGUGGACGAAAGCAUUUGGAGACGAAGGAACGGUGGAGUGUCAGGGCUGUGGGGAGACGAAGAGUAAGGAUGAGUUGUCGAGGUGUAAAGGCUGUGGAGCAGUGUGGUAUUGUAAUAGGGAAUGUCAGACGAAAGGGUGGAGUGAGAAGGAUCAUAAAAGCGAGUGCAAGGCUCUGAAGGCUUUGAGGAGUCCUUUGCUUGACCCAGCUAGAGUACAGUUAGUCAUGUCAUGAAGGAAGGUGCAAAUCCAGAAUUUCUAAUGCCUCAAUUGCGACUGCUUUCAUGUGGGAUUCUGGAGACCGACCCGUUGAUUACGGGAUACUAGUUUGAGUAAUGCGGGGAAAAACCUCGUGCUCGGAGCGGAGAACUAGGAUGGAGGACGCACCGCUGUGUUGGUGUAUUUGUGGGUCUGUCUUCAACCGAGGUCCACUGAUCUACUUUGCUAGGGUAGAAUUGCAGGAUUUGACAUGCAGCAUUAGCUGCCGAG